AUGGACUGGUACCGGCCGGGAGCGGUCGUGCUCCAGUGCGGCGCGGACUCACUAUCGGGCGAUCGUCUGGGCUGCUUCAACCUCUCGCUCAAGGGCCACGGCGCGUGCGUCGAAUUUGUACAGAGCUUUGGGCUGCCCCUCCUAGUCCUUGGUGGCGGCGGUUACACCAUCCGUAACGUCGCUCGUUGCUGGACCUACGAGACUGCCCUCCUCUUGAAGAAGGACAUCAAUGACGAGCUGCCCUUCAACGACUACUUGGAGUACUACGGCCCGGACUUCAGACUUCACCUGUCGCCCUCGAACAUGGAGAACCUCAACGAUCCCAAGUACCUCGAGAAGACCAAGAUCAAGCUGAUCGAAAACCUCAGGAGUGUUCAAGGCGCGCCGGGAGUGUCAAUGAACGAGAUCCCGCCUGACACUUACCUCGGCUCGGACGACGAGGACGAAGAGGACCCCGAUGCCCGCAUCAGCGAGCGUCACAGGGACCGUCGCGUUGCGCAUGACGCCGAGCUUUCCGACUCGGACGAGGAAGACGCAGGGCGACGCUUCGACGACGUUGCCUUUGACGACGACGAUGAGGAUGAAGAGGAGGAGGACUGA